AAUCAAGUUACCAACGAUUAGAAAUAACCGGCCAGAUUCAAAAUUCUCUCAAAUUCAGAUCUUAACUAACAAACGACGAAGAGAACGAAAAGGUUGCAGUGUUCGCUCUCUCGAAAAGUGGCAAUGUCAGGCUUUCACGGGACUAAUGAUUCAUGUCCUUUGGUGAAGAACAUUCUGCUUCUAGACUCUGAAGGGAAGCGUGUGGCUGUCAAGUAUUACUCUGAUGACUGGUCAACUCAUGCUGCCAAGUUGAGUUUCGAGAAGCUUGUGUUCUCUAAGACCUCUAAGACCAAUGCUCGCACGGAAGCUGAGAUCACACUGUUGGACAGUAAUAUCAUUGUCUAUAAGUUCGCUCAGGACCUUCACUUCUUUGUUGCUGGAGGGGAAGAUGAGAACGAGCUCGUCUUGUCUUCUGUUCUUCAAGGCUUUUUCGAUGCUGUUGCACUUCUUCUGAGGAACAAUGUGGAAAAGAUGGAAGCUCUUGAGAAUUUGGAUCUCAUCUUUCUCUGCCUGGAUGAAAUGGUCGAUCAGGGGGUGGUACUUGAAACGGACCCUAACGUCAUUGCGGGGAAAGUAGCAAUGCAGAGCACAGAAGCUAGUGGUUCACUCUCUGAACAGACAUUAACUCAAGCACUGGCAACAGCUCGGGAGCAUCUGGCAAGAAGUCUGCUUACAUGAGUUCUCUCAUAUGCAUGCCCACACCUAAUCAUAAUCAGAAGCUUAUGAACAAGAACUAUGGCGGUCACAUGUGCGAAUUUUGUUGGGCUCGUAAAUGGGCCUCUUACUCUUUUGAUUUGAAUCAAUUAUAGUCCUUGUGUUCUUUAUCCUUUGGACCCAUAUUACUCUUUUGAUUUGAAUCCAUCAUUUUGUGAAGUCUCAAGAAAAUUAUUAUAA